CCCCGGGAAGAGGUCCGGAGUCGGCAGCCGCGGCCCCGGCAGAGCGCGCUCGGGAGCCCCGAGGGAAGCAGGCGAGAGCGCGCAGCCGAGCCCCUGCGCGGGAUGACAGCCCUCGGCGCGCAGGCCCAGAAGUUGCUGGCCCAAAGGAGGCCCCACCGGCCCUUCUUUGAACCCUCCGUCCGGGCCCUCAUCAUCUUGUGUGCCUCCCUGGCCGUGGUCCUCUCCUCCCUCUCCAUCUGCGAUGGCCACUGGCUCCUGGCCGACCACCGUCUCUUCGGGCUGUGGCACUUCUGCACCACCUCCGACCAGGCCGAGCUGCACUGCCUCCGAGACCUGAGGCAGGCCCACGUGCCCGGGCUAGCCUCGGGCAUGGCGGUGGCCCGCAGCGUGGCCACCUUGGCCGUGGUGGUCGCCAUCUUCGGCCUGGAGCUCCUCAUGGUGUCCCAGGUGUGCGAGGACCCCCACUCAUGCCACAGGUGGGCCGUGGGCUCCGCCCUCUCCCUCCUUGCGUUCAUCCUCUCCUUCGGGGGCCUCCUGAGCUUCCUGAUCCUCCUCAGGAACGAGGUCACGCUCAUGGGCCUCACCCUGACGUUCUGGAGCCAAUUCACGGCCUCCUUCCUCUUCUUCCUGAACGCCAUCAGCGGCCUCCACAUCAACAGUAUCAGCCGUACCGACGGCGUCACGUACCCCUGGGGCCUGCCUGCAAAAUGUUAGCCCCCCCCCCCCCAACGCGAGGACACUGAGUGCUACCAGAAAGUGUGGUCAGGAUGGGACUUCUCCAACGUGUGACAUUCAGACUGCCACCUCUCGGCUUUGGGGUGGUCGGGCCAGUGGCCUUUGCAGCCCAGAGGCCAGGUGGGUGCCUCUGAGCCAUCAGCUGCACCAGCUUAGCCACGUUGUUAGGAUGUUGAUUUUACCA